AUGGAUGGAACUGAAGCCGGAAAAAGUGUCAAAUACGGGAGUCCCAGUCAGAAUUAUCCACAGACUAUAAAUAGGGAAGCCAGAUACAGUUUUGAUGUGUAUUUCAUUCUUGUAGGGAAUCCCGUGAUAGAAGAAGAAACAUUUAUUGUUCUGGCUGAAAUCAGUGUCACUCAGUCAUUGUUAGUUGGCUGGUUACUAGGAAAAGAUAUCCUGGAAAUGUUUACUAUCAGUGUAAGUUUGGCUGUAGCAGCAAUUCCUGAAGGUCUUCCAAUUGUGGUCACCGUGACUCUUGCCCUUGGAGUUGUGAGAAUGGUGAAGAAAAGGGCCAUUGUGAAAAAACUGCCUAUAGUGGAGACUCUGGGCUGCUAUAAUGUGAUUUGUUCAGAUAAAACUGGAACACUGAUGAGGAAUGAAAUGACUGUAACUCACAUAUUUACUUCAGAUGGCCAGCAUGCUGAGGUUACUGGAGUUGGCUAUAAUCCAUUUGGGGAAGUGAUUGUCGAUGGUGAUGUUGUUCAUGGAUUCUAUAACCCAUCUGUUAGCAGAAAUGUAGAGGCUGGCUCUAUAUGCAAUGAUGCUGUAAUAAGAAAUAACAGUCUUAUGGGGAAGCCAACAGAAGGAGCUUUAAUUGCUCCUUCAAUGAAGAUGGGUCUUGAUGGACUUCAACAGGACUAUAUCAGAAAAGCAGAAUAUCCUUUUAGCUCGGAACAAAAGUGGAUGGCUGUUAAGUGUGUACAUCGAACACAGCAGGACAGAUCAGAGAUUGAUGAGAUCAGAGAUCAGAUGAAAGGUGCUUACGAACAGGUGAUUAAGUAUGGUACUGCAUACCACAGUAAAGGGCAGACCGUACCACUCACUCAGAUGCAGAGAAAUCUUUACCAGCAAGAGAAGGCACGGAUGGGCUCCACAGGGCUUAGAGUUCUUGCUUUGGCUUCUGGUCCUGAACUGGGACAGCUGAUGUUCCUUGGCCUGGUGGGAAUGAUAGAUCCUUCCAGAACUGGUGUGAAAGAAGCUGUUGCAAUGCUCAUUGCCUCAGGAGUGUCCAUACAGAAGAUCACUGGUGACUCCCAAGAAACUGCAGCCAUUGCUAGUCAUCUGGGAUUGUAUUCCAAAACUUCGCAGUCUGUUUCCAGAGAAGAACUGGAUGCAAUGGAUGUGCAACAGCUUUCACAAAUAGUACCAAAGGUUGCAGUAUUUUACAGAGCAAGUCUGAGACACAAGAUGAAAAUCAUUAAGUCUCUCCAGAAGAAUGGGUGCGUUGUAGCCAUGACAGGAGAUGGAGUCAAUGACGCAGUUGCUCUGAAGGCUGCAGACAUUGGAAUUGCCAUGGGCCAGGCUGGCACAGAUGUUUGCAAAGAGGCAGCAGACAUGAUCCUGGUGGAUGAUUAUUAA